UCGCCCAGUUAGCCGGCCACCACCCGUUCUCGGCCACUUUAGGAGAAUUAGGGAAUAAAUUAGUACAAACUUUUGUUUCGAUCCGCGAUUUUUACAGAUCCUACUCAACACUCCUUUCCCCACCACUUUACGGAUCACGCCAUUUUUUUAAGCACAUGUCACCAUAAAAAAUGGCAGUUAAAAGUUGGCUCUUGUGAAACGUGCGUGCCUGCGGCUGUUUACUGCAGAUUUGCUAGGGUACAUCUCAUAAGGGAAUAGUGAUUAUUUUGUGUAAUACUGAUUAUAAAGAUGGCCACAGUCAAAGGCAAAAAAUUUCCGAUGCAGGCAAGAAAGUUAUUCAGCUACUCUGAAGAAAACCUUAAGCUUGCACUGCAUGCUGUUAGAGAGGGCCAAAUGUCCAUAAGAAGUGCUGCAAAAGAGUUUAAUGUACCAAGGUCUACUCUCCAAGACAGGGUGUCGGGGAAAACACCAGACCGAUUGCGUAAAACGGGUCCAGAACCAAUUAUGACUAUCGAAGGAGAAAAACGCAUCAGCAAUUGGGUCAUUGGUCUUGCCAAGUGUGGAUUCCCAAUAAAAAAGCAUGAACUAAUGGAAACAGUAACGAAAAUAGCAAGAGACAACGGAAAAAUUGAAAAAUUCAAAAACGAGAGACCUGGAGAGAAAUGGUAUGCUGGUUUCACCAAAAGGCAUCCAGAAAUUCGGUUACGUGAAUCUGAGAGUAUAAACAAGGCAAGGGCAAUUAUCACAGAAGAAUAUAUUAGGUCAUGGUUUACAGAAUUAGAAAUAUUCUUAACAGAAAACAACAUUUUGGACAUUAUGGAGGACCCUUCCCGCAUAUUUAACGGUGACGAAUCCGGAUUUUCACUGUGUCCAAAAACAGGAAAAGUCCUUGCUCCUCGCGGAUUUAAAAAUGUUUAUUCCAUUAAACAAGGCAACGAAAAGGAAGCCUUAACAGUACUAGUAACAUUUAAUGCCCGUGGUAACAUUUGUCCUCCACUUGUUGUUUUUCCGUACGUCAGACCUCCAAAAACAUUGAUAAAUAAUAUGCCAGAGAAUUGGGUGUUAGGAAAAUCCGACAGUGGGUGGAUGAAAAGCGAUGUCUUUUUCGAAUAUAUUUGCAACGAUUUUAACAAGUGGCUUACGGACAACAAUAUUAAGAGGCCUAUAAUAUUAUUUGUUGAUGGACACAGAUCACACCUUAAUAUAUUCCUAAGUGAAUUUUGUGACAAAAAUGGAAUAAUUUUGUAUGCCCUUCCUCCAAAUACCACUCACAUCCUACAGCCAGCGGAUGUUAGUGUAUUUCGGCCACUAAAACAUGAAUGGAAGAAGACUGUCAGGCAAUGGCAAAGUGAACAAGACGUUAAUACCGCUGUGACAAAAAUAAAUUUUUGUCAAGUAUUUGAGCAGACGUUAAAUAAAGUAGAUAUGGAACCAUGUAUUAUUAAUGGCUUUCGAAAAUGCGGCUUGUUUCCUUUAGAUCCAAACAAUGUUGACUACACUAAAUGCGUUAAAAAUGAAUUAGAAAGAAAACGCCAUGACGUAGAGCCCGUAGAGAAAAUAAGCUAUGAGGACACUGAAGCAGCAAAAAAAGUGAUUAAAACUUUAGAAAGAAAACUAAAAAAUAGUGGUAUUGAUACAGACAUAAUUUAUAAAGCAAUAAAUAAUUUGUCAUUUGAUGCUAGUAAUUGCGGAGGUGUUAGACAAGAAAAAAAAAUACAUGUUAUAAGCAACAUUACCAUCAAUAAGCAGGAUACGAUUCCGGAUAAUUUAAAUAAUACCUUUCCUUUGGAAAUAGGAACCUUAGUACCCAUGGAGUCACUGAAUAUUAUUCCUAUUGAUGAAAUAGAUGUUAUAGCAUUAGAUAAUGUCCCCAUAAAUGAGCUAUUUGAAGAACCACGACAGCCAGGAAUACAAAAUGUUGAUAAACAUGUGUGUGAAAACAAAGAAAACAUUAAUUUUGAUGAGAAGGUUGUGGAAAAAAAAGAUAAGUUUAAAGACAAAAACGAAAAUAUGGAUCUCGAUAAUCAAAACGAGGAAGAUAACGCCGAAGAAAUGGAUGAAAAUAAAAUUUACUCGAAAAAUGGCAAAAAAGAACAAUCAGAAAAGGAAAAUACUACUAAAACUGAAACAACGGAAGUUGGAUAUAAAAUAGAAGAAGAAAAUCAGAUAUUUGUGAAAAAAAAUACCGAUCAAGUUAUUGAAAUUGAAGAUAACACCACAGAGAAAAAUGAAUCAAUAAACGAUAAAUCGGAACAGGCAAUACAAAAUGAGGGGCGAGUUGAUAAAACGGAAAUGACGAGAGAAAUUAAAAACAUGGAAAUAAAUAAAGAAAACAAUUCAACAAUAAAAGUGGAGACAUUUUAUAAAAAGAAGUCGGAAGUAAAAUCUCCAUUAAAGACCGUACAAAUUGAAGCUGAAAGUAAUCACUCACCACCAAAAUGGCCUGAAGAAAAUUCUCCUAUAAAAACUGUGGAGGUCGAAGAAGUGUUAACCCCAUUUUCUCGUCAUCUAAGAUUUCCUGAACCUAUAAAAAAAGGUUCAGAAAAUAAAAAAAAGAGAAAUUGCCAAGUGCUAUCUCGUCCAACGCUUGGCGAAAACAUAUUGAAAAGCAAGAGAAAGGAAGACUAAAUAAACAGGAAGCUCAGCAGAAGAAAAAAGAUGAAAGACUGGAAAAACAGAAUAAAAAAAAUGCAAAAAAAGAUAUAAAACAGUAAAAAAAAAAUGCAGCAAAGAAAUUAAAAUUGAUGUGUUCUCUUUGCGAAGAUGAAUUGGUAAGUGACACAGAAGAUGAUUCUUUAAAAAACCUGGGAUGCGAUGCAUGCCCUAAGUGGUUUCAUUUAGCUUGUACUGAGUUAUCUAAUUUAUCAUACAAUGAAGCUUCAACUAGAGAUUUCUUGUGUAGUUCCUGCAAAUAA